AAGUUUUAAAUUUUUUGUGCAUUUAUUCACAAACGUACGAUGGUUGUGAAAAUCACCCUUUUGCUGUGCCUGGCGUACACAGUGUCUGGCGAACAUGACAAGGUAAACAAAUCCCCGCCCCUUGGAUGGCCUUCGGAGUACAGACUAGAAGCAACGAAACGGUUUGUGUCAACAGGUUAUACCUCACACAUAAAAUACUGGCGAUCGAUUGACAUCUACACUAGGCUUGAUGUAAACGAUGACUUCUCAAGAAUUUAUGUCGGACAUGGCUAUGGAACGAGAUACCAGAUCUGGUAUAACAGAAACAAAACUAGGUGUCACAAAGAGAAAGGAACUCGCAAUAAACCAGUUAGAAUUUAUAAAUGGUUGCCAUAUUUUAAUGAAUUCGAAGCAACUGGGUACGAAACUAUAAAUGGCAUACGUUGUGCAAAGUUCACUGAAAAAACCAGGAAAAGGGAUAAAAAUAUAUUAUGGGCAUACAGUAACAACACAACCAGAACUUGGGUUCCUCUCAGAUACAAAAAGCGAUCGAAUGACACCAACCAUGGGAGUCUUAACGAUCAUGUGAUCUACGACUAUUUCAACUUCAAAACCAUCGUCAAUAGAGAAGUUUACAAUAUAUAUAAAAAUUACGCAUGCACGACCGCAGGCAUUUGGACUAGUGAAAAUACCAAAAGUGAUAUGCUAGAGUCGAAAGAUGAAACGCUUAAAAAUAUGAAAGUCACUGAUGAAGGAUUUAUAAAGAAAAUUUCUAGGCCGAAAAUGAAUAAAAUUCCCCAAGACCUCGAAACAAGCGGGCAUAAAUCAAGAUCGACUGGCAAUGUACACCGUCCUUAUUUUCUGAAGAGAAUUGAGAAGCGAACCAAUAUUGAAGAACUUGUGCCAGUCAAAAACGACGAAUUACCGCCUCUAAAAUGGCCCACCAAAUACAGCAUCGAAGCAACUAAACUGUACUUGACUUCGGGUUGGACUGAACAUUUUAAAUAUUGGCGGUUUACUAUUCUCUCUAGACUGGAUGCCAACAAUGGAGCCGUCACACAAAUAAGAGUACCAAUAAUCAAGGAGGGUUACAAAGUCGAUUUUGAGAUUCACCCUGAAACUACUGAAGAACAAACAAAUGAAAAGGUUUGUUAUCAGGUUAAGGAUUCAGAUACUGAUCCAGAUGAACUAGAAGAACCUAUAUAUUUUCUCCCAACAACCGGUAACUUAGAAGAAGUUGGAAAAGAAAACAUAAAAGGCGUAGAAUGUGUGAAGUUCACUGGAAGUUAUGACCAAAAUGAUAAGGAAGUGACAAAUGAAGAAUUGUGGGCUUACUAUAACCAUUCCGCUAAAUCUUGGGUCCCAGUCAGGUACGAAACACGUACGAGCGACUCUCGUCAUGGAUAUCUCAAGGACCAUCAAAUCAUCGAUUAUUUCAACUUUUCACCCAAAGUUAAUAUAAAAGUAUUCAACCUUUUCGAAAAGUAUACUUGCAUUAAAAUUGGUUAUGACGAUGAUGAUGACCAAAAAAAGGUGCCAACUUCUAAUAAUCUUGAAUCAAUGACUGCACAAGAAAAAAAAGAAUUAGACGAAGCAUUUGCAGAAUAUAAGCAGAAAUUUAACAAACAGUACGCCCACUUGGUAGAACAUGAGAUGAGGAAAAGUAUAUUUCAUGAAAAAUGGAGAUUAAUUACGGAGACAAACCGCAAAAAUCUGAGCUACACGUUAGCUUUAAACAAAAUGUCUGAUCGUACAAAAAAGGAACUGAAACGAUACAAAGGAUUACGCAGAGAUAAACCAAGAUCAGUUGGCAACAUACGAUUUCCAUAUUCACAUGAAGAAAUUAAGAAAAUAUCGGAAACGUUGCCAUCGUACUACGAUUUAAGGCUUGAAGGAGUCGUUGGUCCGGUUCUAGAUCAAGAUAGUUGCGGCUCAUGUUGGGCUUUUGGCACGACUGCUGCUGUCGAAGGAGCCUUAGCAAGAAGCAAAGGUGGUAUGCUGAUAUCGCUAAGUAAUCAGGCUCUUCUGGAUUGUUCUUGGGGAAUGGGAAAUUCUGGCUGUGAUGGUGGAAAUGAUAUUUCUGCCUAUAAAUGGAUAAUGAAGCAUGGAUUGCCUACAGUAGCGGAAUAUGGACCAUAUAGCAAACAGGACGGGUAUUGCAACAUCAAGAACAUGACGACCACUUACAAAAUUCGUGGUUGGACUGAUGUGACUCCAUUGAGCGAAGAAGCUCUGAAGAUUGCACUUAUAAAUCACGGGCCUUUAUCGGUUUCUAUUGACGCUGAAGAUGCUUUCCUAUAUUACGACGGAGGAAUUCUAUACGACACUAAAUGCAAAUCCUCAACCGACGAUAUGAACCACGAGGUGACCUUGGUUGGUUACGGAGAAAAAGACGGUGAAUCCUACUGGAUCAUCAGGAACUCGUACGGACCAUAUUGGGGCAUCGACGGAUAUGUGCACAUUUCAACACGAGACAAUAACUGUGGCGUUAUGACAGAACCUACAUAUGUCGUUGUUGAGUAAACUCAAAUAAACCCCACUAUUUAGCAGUAAAUAUUGAAUCAAACUAUAGAUACUUUUAAACAUUUUAGGCAUAAGUUUUAGUUUUGCAGGUAGUUUUAAUUUUGGGUUACGUUUUAUUAUAAGUUUGCUAUUACAUAUCUCAGUUUGUUUUUGACUUGGAGGAUUUCAUCAUUAAGAGCUUACCCCUCGGUCGAAAACCUCGGCUAAUGGUCAUAUUAAUGUAUUGCAUGGACUGACUUUAUCUGACAUGGCAAUUUUUACGAUGCG